AGUGAUUGUCCUUCGCCAGUGAGAGAAUAGGGAGUUUAAGAUAGGGCAGCUACGGUAGACUACUACGGUUGAACGCGGUUCGUGAUCUGGGACGAGUUUUAAUGUGCAUGGCUGAAUAUUCAUGCAUGCAGUGGCUAGCCGUGAAUCCGCUAUCAUUUUGGCUUCCUAUUUCAGCCAUGGCUUCGCCGAAUGCAGAAAAAGAAAACUGUUCCACAAGUCCAUGUAAUGUUCCACGUGUGGAGUCGGAUGUCACCGGUUCUCUUCGCAAUAAUGGAACAUUUAAAUGGACAGAGGAACGAGAUAGACUUCUUCUACGACAAAUAGUAUCCCUCGAGCCUUUUGCCUACAAAGCUGGGACUAAAGAAGCAGGUCUUAGGUGGACAGAAGUAGCAGAGAUCAACCUAGAGAUCAACGCAGUGUGAGGGAACGUUUCAACAAAUUGUUGGCAGACUUCAA